CUUUGCCGCAUUUACAGUACAAUUCAUGAUUAUUUUUAGAAUGCAGAAUCAUCUAGGAUUAAUACACACGGAACACUUUGGGAAAAGCAAACUAAGGACAAUAAAAUUCCUAUUGCGAGACCUGUACCUGACGGUGGAUAGGUUUGGAUCAUAAAAUAAAAUUUUGAACCAUUAUGAGAAAUAAUAAAGCACACGUUUUGAUACUGGAUAUAUCUCAGCCAUUCAACCACGAUGCAUUGGUAAAUGUUUAUCAAAGUCUUACAGAUUUCCUCUCUCUGGUCACUCACAUCAGUGGGCCAUUAAGAGUGCCUUUGUUGGGCCUUACUACGAUAGGACAAUAUGCUGAGACUAUUUUCCCUCUACAACCAACCAAAGGAAAUUUUUCUCGACUUUACAUGGUUACAACAGAAUUCAAAAGAUCAGCGAUGGACACCCCGAUGCCAGUAUUUGAUCCAGACUCUUUGAUUCAAGGAUUUAAAAAUAUUAUUUUGCAAUACCAAAGACAACAGCAGACGUUUAGGCAGGUGAAGAAUUCGUCAUGUCAACUAGAGAUAUCAAUACUAUCGUGUCAACCCAGCCAUUCUCUCAGCCUGCAAGUCAACAAAUUGUCUCAAACAUUAGAUUUAAACUGCUUAAAGAAGGUUCAAGUGCUCAAUCUAAGACUUCCUAAUAGUGCAAGUAUUCAGAGUGAACUUAACAGUUCAAUUUCACCACCAGGGGAUGGGUCAGAUCAUUCAAACGAGACGUUGUCUGACAUAGUCGAUAUUGCUAACAUCGAAAAUAACGUUCUUAGCCUGAUGAAUUAUUUUAAAACAUGGUUGAAAGAUUGUGGUACUGACAGUGAAGCUGUUCAUAUCAUUUUGCCUGCAAAUAUCAGCUCUUCACCAGAUCUAAUGGAAAAUAAUUUUGGCGCGCAUAGCAAUGAAAUGGUAUUGAAAUGUGACCUACAUGAAUCCUUGAUCGACCCUUUAAACCUUUUGUGCGGAGAAUAUUUUACCUUGAAAGGUGAUUACAAUUUCCUGAAGAGUUAUUCUGAAUCCAACAAAGCUGUAAAUAUGUCGCAAUCUGUGAAUAAAGUCUACAGACUAAGAGCAUUUUCUCUCGUGAAAAAAAGUGGUGUGUGCGAAUCUGUGCUUUACGGGAUGCCCAUGUUUGUUCGUCCAACGUGUUGCUGGAAGCUUGACUGGGAUGAAUUGGACUCAAAUCAACAAGAUUUUAACUCGUUAUGCAAAGUUUUAAAUGAAAAGGAAUUGUCUUUGAUCUUGAAAUCCGAAACUGACGACGCAAACAACGAGAUCUUUCCCCAAGCACACUAUCUUGUUAUGGCGUCUUCUAACUCCACUCUGCUAAUCAAGCCUGUUGUAAUGGAAGAGCUUAUGCUACCAUCAAAUUUCCCCUCACUUUCUGAGAAGACAUCUCAACAAUCUACUGAAGUCAUCGCAGGAUGUCUAGAUCUGUUACCUGUCCAGGAUGUGUACAACCCUUUCUUCAUGAAAUCAAAUCUUUUCAAGUUCUUUAUAUCAAAGACUCUCAAGAAUAAUCGAGGAUCUCGGGGUGGUAAAAGAAAAUUCCAAGCGCCACAGAGAAUCCAGGGUUUACAAAGUCGAUCAUCCAACUCUAUCAGCAGUGAAAAUCAAGGUGUUGGGCGCCAGACAAAUAAACGAGUCUCUUUCCAAUCACCACGAACCUCAAGCCACCUACAUACUGGUUCUCGAAACACGACGACGUCGACCCAGAAACGGGCUCGUACACUGUCUACCGUUGCAGUGUUGGAACCAAAUCCUAAAUAUCACGCGUGAUAUACAUCGUUAUAAUUUAUGAGAGUAGCAUUUGACGAUGUCAUGGGCGAUAACAUUCGAUAAUAAAAAUU